ACUACCUUCAACUCCCAAAGGAACAUGGAUUAAAAGAUAACCAGCUAAAAAACACCAGACUAGCAGGAUACAAUCUAGUCGGAGGCUUUUCGAGGGAAAACUCUAAGAAUGGAGGUGUAGCUAUUUAUUUAAAGGAAGACCUAAGUAAUGUAAACAACAUUGAAGAGCACUGCAACCUAUCCAGAGAACUGGUGUGUGAACUCCACUCGGUAAAAAUUGAAUUGAAGAAAAAAACCGUGUACUUACUAGGCGUCUACAGACCACCUAACAGCAACCUUGAAGAAGCCCUGGACAUUAUAUCAGAAACUCUGGAGAAAAUCCCUACAUGGAAAUGUCCCACAAUUAUCAUGGGCGAUAUAAAUGUGGACAAACUGUCAGGAAAACAAGACAACAUUAAACUGGAGUGUAUGCUAGUAAGCCACAACAUCAGACGACUUCAGCUUCCGGCGACAAGAGUUACUCUUAACACUGCAACAUCCAUUGAUAUGAUAUGUUCUAACUUAAAUGAUGAAGAAAUUAUGACAGAUGUGAUUACUACAGGACUAUCGGAUCAUAAAGCACAGCUCUGUACAGUUAACUUUCAGACCAAUACCACCCCAUCACCAAUUUCAACUACUCGGAAAUACACUCAAGAAAAUCUAAACCAUCUUAAGAACAUAUUGGCAAGAGAAUCCUGGGAUGAUGUUUUCAAAUCAAACAAUGUAGAUGAAGCCUAUAAUUUCUUAAACAUCACACUAAGACUUGCCCUGAACGCUGCAUGUCCCCAAAAGAUGACUAGAACAAAACCAAAAAAGAAACUCACUGCAAUAUCAAGUGAAGAAAUGUUAAACCUUAAAAAAGACUACCUCAAAGCACUACAGGAUGAGAUACUUCAAGGUACCAAAGAAGCUAAAGCACGAACUGCUGCCAAAAAGAAAAAUUAUGAUCUGAAACUAAAACAGACAAAGAGAGAGGCCACAGCUGAUUAUAUCAACAAGGCUGCCAAUAAACAGAAAGCUCUCUGGAGAUUGAUCGAUUAUGAAAGAUGUAAACCCUCAAACCAAACAAAUCAGAUCACACUUGAAGUAAACAAUCAAGUAAUACAAGAUCCCUUCCUCGUAGCACAGUAUAUUAACGAAUAUUUUGUCUCAAUCGCUGAAAAAACACUCAAAGAGGCAGGACAAUCUACAAAACUGAAUAACGCAGAACCUGUAACCCAUAAUGGUGUACCUGAUCUCAUCCUCCUCCCAACAACAACACUGGAAGUCACAAACAUCAUUUCUUCCAUACAAUCAAAACCAUCAUCAGGAGUAGAUGAAAUCUCUUCAAUUCUUCUCAAACACUGCAAGGAAGAACUAGCACCUCCCCUUGUUUCUGUUAUAAAUCAAUCAUUUCUGCAAGGCUGUUUUCCAAAAGCGCUAAAACUGGCAAAAGUUUAUCCAAAACUAAAAAAGAACCCAUCCACUUUAAUAGAUAACUACAGACCAAUAUCCCUUAUCUCUACCAUCUCAAAAGUAAUUGAGAAAAUUGUACUUUCCCGUCUCAUGAACCACCUUACAACUCAUAACCUCCUUAUAACCUAG